AUGCCAUCUCAAAAUGUUUCAACAAAAAUCAUUUCUGAAUUUGUGAUUUUGGGACUUGACACUGUGGAGUACAAACUAGUCACUGGAGUUGUUUUGCUUCUGAUAUAUAUUCUUGCAAUGUUUGCUAACACUGCCAAUAUUUGUUUCAUUGCCAUGGAUAAACGUUUGCACCAGCCUAUGUAUAUCUUUAUAUGCAACCUAGCUUUAGUGGAUAUGCUAUACAGCAGUAGUGCCUGUCCAAGUAUGAUAGGUAUCCUUCUAGCUGGUUAUAAAACUAUUUCCUUUAUCCCCUGUAUACUUCAGAUGUGUGCUUUCCAUUUAGGUGGUGUUAUGGAGAUUUUUGCAAUUGGCGUCAUGGCGCUGGAUCGUUUGAUCGCCAUAAGCAAUCCUUUACGUUAUCCUGUUAUUUUAAAUAGCACUCGGACUGUUUUGAUCAGCGUCUUGCUGUGGCUUGUGGCCGGAUCUGUUCUGGCUAUUGUCCCGGCUACUGUUCUUCGUCUGCCCUUCUGUUCCUCAACCAUCCAGUACAUUUUCUGCGAGUAUGCAGCUCUCAUCAGGACCACUUGUGUGGAUCCAAGUCCAUAUUUUAACAUGAUGUCCAGCCUUCUAUUCGUGCUGCUGCUUGGCAUGUUUUCUUUUAUCUGCUUGUCUUAUAUAAGGAUAAUAGUAGCGGUCAUGAAAAUGACCUUGAAAAGCAAUAAAAAGAAAAUGUUUUAUACGUGCUUAAGUCAUUUGAUAGUAAUCACUUGCUUUUAUGUACCAAUGUUUGUACGGGUAAUUUUGACACGACUUGGUGUGGUUUUAACAACAGAUGAACGCCAUGGACUAAUGGUAGGGGCCAUGCUUGGCUCUUCUUUGGUAAAUCCUUUCAUAUAUUGUUUUAGAACUAAAGAGAUCAGAAACAAAAUAUUCAGAUUUUUUUCAAAAGUCGCAUCUGAAUAA